AUGGGGAUGGAUAAAUCACUAGUGGUGGAUGUAGAUGGAUUCUCGGGUGGUAUAUGGCUUUUGUGGGAGGAUUUGGUGGUUCAAAUUACUGAAAAGGACCGUACACCAAAUGCUCCAUGUCCAAGUCCAGCUGGGGAUAGUCCAUUUUUGUUUACGAUAGUGUAUGGCCAUCCGGCCUUGAUCCAACGACGCGGGUUAUGGGAAUCCCUUCGCUCGACGGCGGAGGAGGUUGACAUGGCAUGGCUACUAGCGGGAGACUUUAAGUCGAUGUUGAGCUCUUCCGAGAAGUUUGGGGGAGUGCCCUUUGAUGCUAGCAGAGUAAGAGAGUUUCAAGAUUGCUUGUUAGAUACAGGCUUAGUUGACUUGGAGUUCGUUGGGUUACCCUUUACUUGGUUUCAUGGGGGAACCAAGGAGCGCCUUGACCGUGGAUUAGCAGACCUAGACUGGACUACCCAGUUUCCGGAUACAACAGUAAGACAUCUUCUGCGAGUCAGGUCGGACCACAGGCCUCUGCUGAUUCGUACUUGCCCGGAGUUACCUUCGCCAGGUCCCAGACCGUUCAAAUUCCUGGCUUCUUGGCUGACUCACCAAGAAUUCCCCGAGGUGCUGAAGAAAUCUUGGGCAAAGGGGUCUGAUUUAAUAAGCAGCGCCCGAGCCUUUUCAAGGGAUGCGGCCCAUUGA